AAAGCCAAGUUACGCCGCGUCGCCAUCUUGCGCUCUCACUAAUUUUAGCUCGCGUGCAGUAGAUAGAUGGAAAAUUUUAUUCUCACGCAACAAAUUGUACGUAUAACGCAAUUGUGGUAAACAUUUACUGAUCGUUGAGCCUUCCGUCAUGUAUUCGUCGAACCAAGAUCAUCGAUCGGCCUACAGAUCACAGGAUGGAAAAAAUGAGCCAGAACACGUCAGGAAGUUAUUUAUCGGCGGUCUUGACUAUAGGACUACCGAUGACUCCCUCAAAAAACACUUUGAACAGUGGGGUGAAAUUGUCGAUGUAGUUGUCAUGAAAGAUCCAAAAACCAAGCGUUCUCGUGGAUUCGGAUUCAUUACCUACUCACGCGCACACAUGGUUGAUGAUGCGCAAAAUGCCAGACCACACCGAGUGGAUGGACGUGUUGUGGAGCCAAAGCGUGCUGUUCCACGACAGGAAAUUGGCCGGCCGGAAGCUGGUGCCACGGUGAAGAAAUUGUUCGUAGGUGGACUGAAAGAUGACCACGAAGAAGAGGACCUCCGACUGUACUUUCAAUCUUUUGGUAGCAUCAACUCCGUCAGUAUUGUUACCGAUAAGGAAACUGGGAAGAAGCGAGGUUUCGGAUUUGUUGAAUUUGAUGAUUAUGAUCCCGUCGAUAAGAUCUGCUUACAACGUAAUCAUCAAAUUUGCAACAAGCACGUUGAUGUCAAAAAGGCUUUGAGCAAAGCUGAGAUGGCUUCUGCAACUGGUGGAGGUGGUGGAGGCGGCGGUAGAGGUGGCCAAGGUGGUGGACGAGGUCCGCGAGGUAGCAAUCAAGGUGGCGGCAACUGGGGAGGUCGCGGAGGUGGCGGCAGUGGCGAUUGGAAUAACGGUGGUAAUCAAGGUGGUUACGGAGGUGGCAAUCAAGGUGGUUGGGGUGGCAACGGACCCUGGGAGAACCAGAACCAAGAAAAUUUCAUACGCGCUGACUCAGGUGGUGGCUGGGGUGGACAGGGUGGCCAGGGUGGCUACAAUAGUGGUGGAAACUGGAGCAACGACAACUUUGGAGGUGGCUACCAGCAAGGCUAUGGAGGUGGACCUGUGCGAAAUAACUUCAAUGCUGGCGGCAGGCCCGCUCCGUAUGCAGGAGGACCCAUGGGAGGCGGCAAUACCGGAGGUGGUGGAGGAGGCGGCGGUAGUGGAGGCGGAGGUGGCUACGGUGGUGGUGGAAACCAAGGCGGGUAUGGAGGAAAUCCAGUUGGAGGUGGAAACAUGGGUGGAGGAGGUGGCGGCGGCGGAGGUGGUGGUGGCGGCAGAAGAUACUAAGUCCACUGGCAUAGCCCGUCGCAACGCUACGCUCCCUCAAAUGGUGACCCCUUGUCUACCACUUGUCUACUAGUCGCCAGUACUUCUGUACUGUUUAGUUCGGAGCAGGCAGGGCUAAGGCUAGUCAGACAGGACCAGGCAGGACAAUCAGGAUUCAGGACAGAAGCGUCACCCAUUAGAUCGCAGUGAGGGAGGUUUAUGCAUAACUGUAUUACAUUUGAAAACGUUGCACCUACCGCAUCCGCACGUGAAAAACUAUCUACCUACCAGUUUAUACCGAUCACUCCGAGAGUUAUGUGUUUGCAAUCGAUAGAUGGUGGUUGGUGACUUUGCGCACCAACGAUAAGUUGACGAAAAAUAUUUGUAUUCCCAUAAUCGUUGUUGAUACACAUUGACACGCCGAUCCACCCACAUCGAAACUGAUCCACCCACAUAUUCAUACACCUUCGCUCACCCACCCAUCCGAACAACCCAACAGACCCGAGCAGAGACACUAAACUUUAAAAUCCGAAUCAACUAAAUCAAGAAAUAUUGGAAGGUCCAUGUAAGAAUCUAGGUUUUACAAAAAUGAUGCAGAUUGUUGUAGUAGAGUAAAUGAUUAGAGGCAAGAUGAUUCUUAUAUAGACCGAGGCAACUAUGAUAGAGUUAGAAAAUGAUGGAAUCGAAGAAAUCUAAAACGAAAAAAUUAAUUGAAAAUUUAAUGAAAUCAAUGAAGAGAGAGCGAGCAAGCGAGAAUGCAUAUAGAACCGCCAGAGAGAUAAAUUGUUGCAGAGCAUUUCUAGAAUAUCUAGGUUAAACUUAAUUUCUAAGUUGUAAUGUUUUAAGAGUUAGAUAAUAAAAAGUGACCACAACCUUUUCCACCAUUUUUAAUUUACAAAGUUGAAAAAAGAAUAAAAGAAAGGAAAUUGUCAAGGUUUAGGUUAAUAAUCGUAAGUCAAGCACACAGGUAGGACACUGAAAUCAUACAGUCGACAGAGUUACGAAUGAAUUUUUUUCCUAUGCGGGAUCAUUGAAGCAUAGUUUAUUCGAUAAUCGAAGAUUAAUCAAAGACGAAACGUUAGUUGUGUCUGUCAAUCAAUAAAUCAUACAUUAUUUAUAAUAGAAAGGAUGUCUCUGUCGGUCUGCCUGUCUGUAUUAUACCCAUUAAUUGUGUAGAUAAUUAUUAUUAUUACAAAUGAUAACGGUAACCAUGAGUUAUUGAUCAGCGUUUGUAUUCCGACGCAGAAUUAAAUCAAUUUGUACAUAAUCUAAUCAAUGACAAAUAUUUUUAAUAGUGUUCACUCACCUACUUGAUCAAUUGACGGUGUAACUUGAGUUACAAAUUGAAAUAACAUUCACAUUAAAACAUAUAGAUCCACGCAAUCAUAACUUGAAUAUAAAUUCAUUUCACAGUACAUCAAAAUUGAAAACACUUUGUACGAUGCGGCGACAGUUUGUUCAAGGUAGAAUAACCAGGCACGUCAAAUCUGUAGUUUGAACCGAGAGAAGUGAUGUUCCGAUGUAGAGAUAGUCUCGACGUUUGUGUUGAAGCCAUAUGUUGUACGUACGUACGUACUCCUUGGUAACUAGGAUGGAAGAUUAGAAGCGAGCAAGAAAGGCGAAGAACAAAAAAUCGUACGAACAGGCAGGCAGGUAGCCUUGUGGAAAGCACAGGAAAGGAAGGGAAAGCAAGCCUGUAGCCUCAUCAACAAACAGACUAGACUUUGCUAAUAAAAAGCAAUAGCCAAUAUAAGCAUCUGCAGGUAGGACAUAUAGACACAUGUUUUUAUAUAAUCGUAUUUCGUAUUCGUUAAGACAAUGUAUGCAUGAACUCAACUUGAAAUGAGGUCAAGAUACCGGUAGAGAAUACUUGUCAUAUUUAUUUUCAGUACUUAUUCAUUGUAACGAUCAAGUUUCGUUCAGUAGCGAUUUUUUUGUCGUAUCGGGAUCUCGCUAAUUGCUGAUUUAACUUUCGCUGUUUAUUUUCCGUAAAUAGAGUAAAUUCAGUAUGAUGGUAAAAUUCACCGUGGCCAAAAUACAGAUUUCUUUUUCAAUAUUUUUAAUGCAACUGGAGUAGCAAAUUUGCAUGGUCUCUUCUUCUACUUCUACUCCUUUUUUUUUUUUUUUUUUUUUCCAUCCGUUCAUCCUAAUAAUCGUGCAUUAAAUUCGUGUGUCAACUUUUGAACAUACUAAAACUGAUUUAUUGAUCGUUUGUUGGAACAAAUCGCAUAUCUAAUAAUUUCAAACACGAUUUGUGCAGUAUUCUCGUAGACUCGGUAUAAAGUAAUUGUGUAAAUUUUGAAAGAUUUUGGAAAAAAAUUCAGUUCGCUUGCAAGUGUAGCAAUCGAUUCAAUCGGCCUACUGUUCUAAAUUCUGUCCACUUUUGUACUCUAAAUUCGUGUGUCUUUCUUUUCGAAGAAUUUCUUAUUAACAAAGUACAACGAUAACUGGUCGUUUCACUUUUCGUUGGGAAAUCAGUGUACUCGAUCAAACGAAGCUGUUUAUUUUUCCUUCGUACCUUCGGUAUUUUUCUAUAGUUCAGUUUCGCAGUUAUACGUCGAUAGAACGCUCUAUGAAAACCUUAGCAACAGUCUGCGAUGAGGGAAAAAAUAAUAUCACAUGAUUUUUCAACGAAACCUCUUUCUUCACUUUCUACAACGUCUUUCACCCCUCAGUCGAUCCGCAUUAUUAUAAUGACAAUAUCCUGCUGUGGAGAAUAGAGCUCAUCCAGUGACUGAAAAAACUCGAGAAUAUGAACGUUAGAUCAUCGGGGUCGUAAGACUGACUUUUGAAAUUUUCACGAUACUUCGAGAGAGCUAGAAUCUCACCGAGCAGCUGUUUACCUCUUCAUUAGUUCGCAGCAAAUCUACUCUAUGCAGUCAAAGUUCACACUCUUUUGCGGAUCUUCGUUUAUUUUUGCCAUAGAAAUAUCACCCGACCAAUUGCGAUGAAAAUUGAACGCAGUUUGAUCGAACGAGCGAUACACCAAGAGGUUUGAAUCAAGGUAGAGAUAUUCCCCUAUUGAUCGUUAGCAUCUGAUCACGUAAUAUCGACACUAGUUAAUGAACUAGAGCGAUUCCGGGCUCGCUACGGGGGUGGGGUGGCGAUAUCAUAUUCACAAACUCACCUGUGGUCUAUGUCAGUAAUUCAUAUCUCUCCGCUGGGGUGAGAUAGGAUGCCCAUGUCAACCGUUUACUUUAUUUUACUUUACCUGUAUUAAUUGCUGUCUUUCGUUUUCAUUAAUUUCUGGUUUGCCGUUUGCCGGCUGGCACGUUGAGAGUGAACGAUGUUGCAACCUGACCUGGGUUUCAGCCCUCGCUGGAGGUAAGUCGUUGAAUAUUCAAACGUCAUUAAUAUCCACACAUCGCACACACCCCAGUAAUCCGAAAUAUCCUGAACUUCCGAUCGAGGAAAAUCCAAAGAAUACGAUAACCAAUCGUCCGCAAUUUUUCUCAUCCCAUUGAAAAAGUAGUCACUGUUCAUUAACAAUUCCAAUCAAGCUCAUCAAAGUUAUCGAAGAUAGAUCUUUAUUCAUCCCUCUCGAUGGAAACAACGAGUCGACGCAGCGACAAAAAGGUGUCGAGAAAAUUGAACCGCCGACUCGAAUGCUGACAACGACCGCGGAGCAUUGAAACAUGUUCCAAAAUGUUACCCUCCGAUUUACUUGCAAUAAAAUUGAUACCUUCGUCAUUCCUGUCCCCUGUAAUGUUGGAGACCAGAGUGCCCGCGAUGUAUGCGCUUCCUUUUUUCUAUAUCGAUAUGAUUUAUUGGUAUGGUCUUGUGAUUAAUAAAUUAUCUUUCAGCGUG